GGAUGCUAUCUAUCUUCACCAUGGCUAGUCCAUUUUUUAAUUGAGAGGAGAUAUUUAUGGGAUGCUAUCUAGUGUUCAGUUUGAUACUCUGCAAUGUAAAAGGUGAAGCCAAAAAGACAAGUAAAUAUAGGUAAAAGGCGAAACAGGCGCUGGCUUCGUUGGCGUUGACAGGCCCUGCAAUAUGCAAUAUGAAGAGCAUUUGUUGGGAAGAGCUACCUAGUUCAACUAUACAGCUAUUAUUACCUUUACAUUUGCAACAAGUCAGCGCGUUAGUGGCUCCGCUCGGCUCAGCUUUGGUGGAGAGAGAGAAGAACACGAGCAUCAGUAGACCUUCCUUCUUCCAACAAACCCUAAAGCCAGCUCUCUCUGCACAGACAGAUAGCGAGUGAAUCACUGAUAGAAGCCGGCGAUCGCGUUACAAGGUAAUUACAGUUGGCAGGUAUCGUCCUAUGGCAGGUGCAUUUCUUCCUCCUCAACCCCGUAAGUUAGUGUUUUUCUGUUAUUGAAGCAUGAACAAAUCCAAAGCAGACAAGACCAGGACAUUGGGGGAUGAGGUUAAGGAUUAUGCAUUUGCAAUAGAGUAUGAAGGCCCCCCAGCCCACCAGGUUCCCAAAGUCGAGCCUUUGCCUUUAGAUGACAAUGAAGAUAUUCCCACUGCACAAUCAUUAUCCAUUGAUUUUCCCAUCUCGACGCCACUGCCGGUUGUGCAACCGCUUCCUAUACCACGUUUGGCGCUUCAUACUCCCUCCACUCCGCUAGUCGAGGAUGAAGAUAGUAGAAGCAUAUGCAUUAACUUGCCAGCAGAUCCCUCUUCUCCUUCAGAAUGCGCUCCAUCACACUCUCCUACACCUACGUCAACCAGUCCCUCAGAAAAUACAGAAACACCCAACGCAACAACUUCACAAGGCACUGCCAUUAGAGUUUUAUACGGAUCAGAAUCAGAUUCCCCUCACUCAGGGAAUAAAGAACAUGAACAUGGUAGUGACAAACUAUCAACAGAGGAAGCGGAAGAAGAAUUUGAUUCUUCUCCACCUCAAUUUGGGAAUGGAUCAUCAUUAAUACAUCCUCAAAGUAGCGUUUCCAGAAAGGAUGAUGAAGUCUGUGUCAACACAUUGAGUGGUUUGUAUACUGGCUCACAACAUUCUCUAACUUCUAGGGCCAUUGGAAGUUCAUCUGCACAGGAAUAUCAUAAUCCGAACUCUUCAUCAUCAUCUCCUUCAGCCUCAUUUCGUAAUUCUUUAUGCAGAUUGGUCAAUCCAAUUUCAAAUGAAACAAAAAAUAAUGCUUCAGUAACAUUUCAUAAUGUAGACGACACAGAAUCGGAUAAUCCAUGUUCAUCCGAGUUCAACUCCGCAGAGCUGCCACCAGUAUCAUUAGGUCAUAUGGAAACUGGUUAUUAUGGAGGAUCAGAAAAGCAGCAGGUGAAAGGCAUAUGCCAGAGAUGCAUGAAAAGUAAUCGGUUAAAGGAUAAAGAAACAUGUUUAGUCUGCAAUGCCAAAUACUGUAGCAAUUGUGUGCUCAGAGCAAUGGGAUCAAUGCCCGAGGGCCGAAAAUGUGUGGCUUGCAUUGGUCAGCCUAUUAACGAGUCAAGACGAUCAGCACUAGGAAAAUCCUCACGGAUGCUGUGUCGCCUUCUUAGCCCAUUAGAGAUUCAGCAAAUUAUGAAGGCUGAGAAGGAAUGCCCAGCAAAUCAACUUCGACCAGAACAACUAUAUGUGAAUGGGAGGCAACUAAGACCAGAAGAAAUGGUAGAAUUACUUGGUUGUCCUAAACCUCCCCAAAAGCUAAAACCUGGGCGAUAUUGGUAUGACAAAGAAUCUGGACUUUGGGGCAAGGAGGGUGAAAAGCCAGAUAAGAUCAUAAGUGCAAACUUGAACUUGGGAGGAAAACUUCUACCUGAAGCAAGUAAUGGAAAUACCCAAGUUUACAUCAAUGGGCGUGAGAUCACUAAAGUAGAGCUAAAGAUGCUAAAGCUGGCAGGAGUGCAGUGUCCACGAGACACUCAUUUUUGGGUGUAUUCUGAUGGUACAUAUGAGGAGGAAGGCCAGAAUAAUAUCAAAGGAAACAUAUGGGGCAAGGCAUUAACAAGGCUGAUAUGCUCUUUGCUCUCGCUGCCCACUCCUCGUGGGAGUUCCAAUGGCUCAAGAGAAGAUGCGAAUAACCACUCAAGCAGAUCUGUCCCAGAUUACUUGGAGCAGAAAAAGAUUCAAAAGCUUCUAUUACUUGGAUUUCAAGGCUCUGGCACCAGUACCAUUUUUAAACAGGCAAAAUUUCUCUACAAAGAUGACAAAUUUUCACAGGAGGAGCUGCAAAGUAUCAAACUAAUGGUACAGAGCAACUUGUACAAGUACCUCAGCAUAUUACUUGAGGGACGUGAGCGUUUUGAGGAGGAAACCUUGAUGAAUUUGAAAGGUCAUGAUGUACCCGAGCAAAUCACUCCUGCAGAUGAGAAUGAAGGAAAAGAAGCUGUUCCGUGUAUUUAUUCUAUCAAUCCAAAACUGAAGCAUUUUUCAGACUGGCUACUUGAAAUUAUGGCAAUGGGGGAUCUAGAUGCUUUUUUCCCUGCUGCAACACGUGAGUAUGCUCCAUUAGUUGAUGAAAUGUGGAGGGACCCCGCAAUUCAGGCAACUUAUGAAAGAAGAAAUGAGCUGCAUGUCCUUCCUGAUGCUGCUGGUUACUUCCUAGAGCGAGCUGUUGAGGUAUCAAGUAAUGAAUAUGAGCCUUCAGAGACAGACAUUUUAUAUGCUGAAGGAGUGACUCAAAGUAAUGGGUUGACAUUCAUAGAAUUUUCACUGGAUGAUCGGAGUCCCAUGUCAGAACCUUAUAAUGAGAACUUUGAUUGCCCAGCACCACCUGCAAAGUACCAGCUUAUCAGAGUAAAUGCGCAAGGACUAAAUGAAGGCUGCAAAUGGCUAGAAAUGUUUGAAGAUGUUCGUGCUGUCAUCUUCUGUGUUGCUAUAAGUGAAUAUGACCAAAUGUGGGCUGAAAGCAAUGGUCCUCUCCACAAUAAGAUGAUCUUGAGCAGAGACCUGUUUGAGAAUGUUGUGAAGCACUCUUGUCUCAAAGAUACACCAUUUGUCCUCUUGCUAAACAAAUAUGAUAUAUUUGAGGAGAAGAUCAAUACAGUGCCACUUACUACAUGUGAAUGGUUUAAGGAUUUUAGUCCUGUGAAGCCGCAUCAUAACAAUCCAUCACUAGCCCAUCAAGCUUACUAUUAUGUGGCAAUGAAAUUCAAGGAACUAUAUGCAUCCCUUAGCAGCCACAAGUUGUUUGUAUGUCAAGUAAAGGCCCGUGAUCGCAGCACAGUUGAUGAAGCCUUCAAAUAUAUUCGGGAGGUUUUAAAGUGGGAUGAGGAAAAGGAGGAAAACUACUAUGGAAUUGAUGAUUCCUUUUGCAGCACUGACAUAAGUUCCUCACCCUUUAUGAGGCCAGAGGUUUAAUUCUACUAUGAGGCACGGAAGCAUUUGGACAAUUUAUAUAAAUUUGAGCCCCUUGUAUUCUUGUGGCCUAGGAUUCAGCAGUUGUAUCAAACAUAAGCAUUGAAGUUCACGAUACCUGUCAUUGAUGGAUUGGGAAGCGGCAGUUUAUAUCUUGAUUGUUCUGUCAUUUGAUUAAUUGGCAUUUUCUUUCAAACCUGUGUUUGAAGGGUGCUUUUCAAAACCAGUUUGGUAGAUGACAUCCAAUUGCACCUUUGUGUACAUAAGAAAAGCUUGUCAAAGAUACAAUUCACGAGUCAAGUGGAAUUCGGGGGAAAUUUGAAUGUCACAUGCGGCUUGCAUAACUGAUUUGAAGAAAUUGAUUGGUGUAUUGUUAGUAUUAAAAAACUUUGAUGAUCAAUGUUAAAUGCUUCUAUUAUUCAUUGCUUCAAUUUCUUUUGAGGACCAAAUCUACUUGGUGUCACCUGAUUACGAUGUAUCCUAUUUUGAUAUCUUAACUGGAAAUGUAGUGUUGUAUCCAUGGAGCAACUCAAGCAGUAAGCCCUUUAUGAUUUCUGUGCUA